AUGGAGCUCACAGAUCCAGACCGAAUCAGUAUGGAUCGGUACAACAUCUACAACAGAGCAUUUUGGGGACCAAUUAAAAAGAAGAAGUAUGCAAAUUCUGAGCUUCUUAAACUUUGUAGAGAAGCGGACCGUCAAAAGAUGUCGAGACUUAUAGUAUCGGCUUACGUGUACCAAGCUGAACUACAGACUUUGGCAGGGAAUCAAGGAGCUACGAUGGAGAGUAUUAUGGAUCAUCUUAACGUGCCGUUUGAAAUCCUAAAGGUCAAUCCGGACUUACAUGCAGCGAUGAAUGGAGCUGAUACUGUUGGUUGUUGGGCGAUUCUGGAGACUAAAUUCGCACAAUCAACCUUAGAAAAUCUGGGGCCUGGAAGAAUCCAGCGGGUAACGGCUCAGUAA